CCCGCCCCCCGCAUUCCGGAGGCGACCGCGAGGACCCGGCUUGCGGAGGAAGGUCCAGCUGGGAGGAAACGCACUUGCUUCGCCCCAUUGCUUUGCUUGUGCAAAUGACUCGGAGCUUAUUCACAUGGCAUUUUGGUAUGCCAGGAACCAAAAGUGAGAUAAUUAAAGGCAGUAAAACUGAAGUAAAAUAGGACGAUCAGCCAAGAAAGACCUACUGGAGAAAGCAGAGGAUGGAAAAUAAAGUGAAGCACUGUUUUAUUGUAGCAGCAGUCCUUUGAAAUUGAACUGAAAAAAAAAAUGACUGCUCUUACUUCAGAGAACUGCUCUUUUCAGUACCAGCUACAUCAAACAAAUCAGCCCCUAGAUGCUAACAGUCUGUUAUUCUUGAUUACACUUGGGAAAAUAUUAUUAAAUAUCCUCACACUAGGAAUGAGAAGAAAAAACACCCAUCAAAAUUUUAUGGAAUAUUUUUGCAUUUCACUAGCAUUUACUGACCUUCUACUUUUGGUGACUAUUUCCAUUAUAUCCUAUUUCAGGGAUUUUGUACUUUUAGGCAUUAGGUUUACUAAAUACCACAUCUGCCUAUUUACUCAAAUUAUUUCUUUUACUUACGGCUUUUUGCAUUAUCCAGUUUUUCUGAUAGCUUGUAUAGAUUAUUACCUGAAUUUCUCUAAAGCCACCAAGCUUCCAUUUAAGUGUCAAAAAGUAUUUUAUUUCUUUGCAGUUAUUUUAAUUUGGAUUUCAGUCCUUACUUAUGUUUUAGGAGAUCCAGCUAUCUACCAAAGCCUGAACGCACAGAAUGUUUACUCUUAUCAGUGUCCUUUCUACAUUAGCAUUCAGAGUUACUGGCUGUCGUUUUCCAUGGUGAUGAUUUUAUUUAUGGCUUUUAUAACCUCUUGGUCAGAAGUUAUUACCUUGGUACAGGCUGUGAGGAUAACUUCCUAUAUGAAUGAGACUGUCCUAUAUUUUCCCUUUUCAUCCCACUCUAGUUAUACUGUGAGCUCUAAAAAAACACUCUUGCCCAAGUUGAUUAUCUGUUUUCUUGGUACCUGGUUACCAUUUGUACUACUUCAAAUAAUUAUCCUUUUACUUAAAGUACAGAUUCCAGCAUACAUCGAGAUGAACAUUCCGUGGUUGUACUUUGUCAACAGUUUUCUCAUUGCUACAGUUUUUUGGUUUAAUUGUCACAAACUUAAUUUUAGAAACAUGGCAUUACCUGUGGAUCCAUUUGUCAACUGGAAAUGCUGCUUCAUUCCACUUACAAUUCAUAAUCUUGAGCAAAUUGAAAAGCCUAUAUCAGUAAUAAUUUGUUGACAUGUUAUCAUGUUAAAACUAAUAGCUAUAAGAAUUAUAAUUUUACAGAUGGGAAAGAAUGAUGACUUGGGACAUAUAAAUAAUGAACUGAACUGUAAGCUCUCCCUGGCAUCCCAAACUUUCAUACCUUUUCAGAAUGUGUCAUUUUGGGAUUGUAACAUUAUUUAUUAGGGUUUUUUUUUAACAAAAUACUUCCAAUAAGAAAUAUUUAUACCUGUUGACCAUACUUAUAUUUGUGUUACCCAGAAAACUACUGGAUACAAACUGUUAGGUAAAUCUGCAAUUCACUGCCAGCUUUUCAGAUUUAAAUAAACAUUUUUAUUACACUUAGA